AUGGGAGAUCAUCGUUUUUCUGCAGCAAAUUUUCGUCAAUUCGACAAUGAAGAUAGGCCAAACGUCAUGAAGGAUUAUUUGAAUUUUUUAAUUAAAUCUAAAAGCAGGUCAAGGAUCGUCAGCCCUACUACAACACCAAAACGAAGCCUUAUAGCAAGCAAUUCUCCUAAAUCCAGGAUCUCUAAAGAGCCAAAUAUUUUUAAUAGAGAAUACACAAAUAGAUUUACAAGAUUUAUUAGAAAUGCUUUGAAUAAUGUUUCAUCAAGAAAGGAUCAAUCGUGUGAAAAUAAAUUUAAAUCAAAAUCACCUGAUUUAAAAAAUAAGCCAGGACAUAAAAGAAAUAAAUCAGAUAUUCCAAAAGCAGAUUCUAAUAAUAUAUUUGCAAGCCCUUACUCAAAUAAGUUAAACGACAAAUCGACACCUAAAAAUAUUUCACAAGACUAUAGGAUUAGUAGGUUUUUGAAUGAUUCUCAAGAAAAAACAAUAAAAAAUGGGUACUCGAAAAAUGACCCACGCAGUCCGAAUGCAAGCCUAGGCUCAAGUUUUGAAAAGAUAGAAAUCUCAAAGCUAGAGGCUGAAGAAAAAGAGCGGGAAUAUUUAAUUCAGACUAUUUUUGCAAAUUUCCGCAAAAAAGGGCUUCCUCCAGUAACUUCUGUUGAUUUUUAUCAGCUUGGCACUCAAAUAGGAAAAGGGGCAUUUGGCAAAGUGUAUUUAAUCCCCCUUUAUUAGUAAGCUAAAAAUCUUGCUCGUUAAUCAAGAGGGUUAAGUUUUUUUAUUUUAAAAAAUGAUGUGUUUGUUUUCUUUUUACAUACGAGAAGCAAUUCUAGUAGCUUGCUAUUUCUAUUUUUCUUUUUUCUUUUUAAGUAAAAAUAGGACACUAAUUUAACUGUCCAAAUAACAAUGCUUCCCGUUUGUAUAAUUUUCUUUAUAAAAAUUGUUUUUUAAGUUUUAAAAAAAAUAGAGGGCAAAUGCUUGAAAUUAAAAGUCAAUUUGAUUCAUAAUAUUAAUUCUUUAAAUGCAAGCAGUUAAAAAUUUAAUAGAACUAGCUAGAAAUCUCAUUUUUUUAUAAUCAUUAAUUAGUAUCAAUUUUUUUAUGAAAAACAAUUUAUAUUUAAAAGAAUUUUUCCAAAUUUUUGUAGAAAUAAGGAUUUUUCUAUUGGCUCUGGGAAGAUAGGAACUCAUAAACUUACUGGAUAUAAAGUAGCCAUUAAGAUGUUUAGUACCUCUUAUAUCAAAGAUGAAAGAAUAAGAAGAAAAGUAUUUCUGGUCAAGCAUGAAACCAACCCCAACCUCCCACGUCCUUCAAUACCAAACUAUCUAAUCUUGAUAAUAAGAAAUAAAAGAGAUAUUACAGCAUCUUCACUUCUUUUCUAUUAAAAUGAAUUUAUAAACUUAAACAUAUAUUAGCUACUUUAUUUGAUAUCUCCGCCAUAUGCAAAAUUUUUCUAUAGCUAACAAGUUUGGGUAUUAAAUUUAAAUCAGACAUAUAACGUUUUAUAUAUAAAAAAUAAACUAUAUAAACUGCCAAUUUGUUAAAACAAAUUAAUUUAGCACUAUCGAUUAUAGAUUUUGUAAAUGUCUAUGAUAGAUAAUUACACUUGAAUUGAUUUAUUUGUUUCUAUCGAAUUCGGCUGGACUCAUGAAUUAAAUGAGAUAAGAAAGUGAAAUCAAGCCUAUUUCUCUAUUAAAUCUCUUAUUUAUUUGUCUAAAAAUUUUUACCAUUUUAUACAAGGAAAUGAAAUAGAAAUAUUCAAUAUAUGUGUAAUAUACAUUAAUAUGGUGGAAACGACCCGACCUAUUGGAGCAAUUCUCUCAACACUUGCAGGGAACACCCAGAUGGGAAAGCAAAGCUGAAAAGCUGACCCUACAUCCUUGGUGUACAUAUAAUUAAUAUGGCGGAGGCGAAUAGGUAUGCCCUUGAUGACAACACACCACUCUGGUGGCCAAAAUGGCUUUAUUGUCUAAAUUAAGAUCUAGACUCUUAAUCCUAAACCUUAGCUUGCCUAGAGAGGCCGUAUGGAGUGGAAAACUUUGGGAGUCAGCUGUGGCGAUUACAGCCCAUGUAUUAGUUAUUUGGAUGUUUUUGGGACCACAAGUUCUUUCCCUGAAGGCUCCGGAGGGCGGUGUUCUUUUUAACUAGGUGCCACCUCCCAUCAAGGCUGACGACAUGAGGCAUCGAGCAGCCUUUUCCCCAUAGCAUCCGCAAGACGUGAAGCAAAAGGAGUCUUUCUAAUUCAUCGAGACUCAGGAUAUCUAUGCAAGCCCCAGUCCCAGGAGUAGACCACUGUUGAAACAGGUUGCACGCGAUUUAACGCCUCCGACUAGCAGAUUAAGGUGGUCCCAAGCGCGCGGAUAUAUCAAAUCUGGAAAUAAUUUACGCCUUUAAUCUUAAUCUUGGUGUAUAUCAGGUAUAGGUUUUUCUCGUACCUCAAGGAACUAAUCUUGGGACAUUUUUUUUACCUCCUGUAGUUCAUGGAAAGGGACGGUCUGAUUGGGUAGAGCGAUAACUCCCACAGUCCGCAAGAUGUAUGUGUCUAAAACGAUACUAGGAAAUGUGUCCUGGGAAAUAAGCUUUAAGUGCUCAAUUCUGUUGUGCAAGACUCUCCUGUAGCAGAGGGAAGGUGUCUGCUGGGGUCUUUCAGGGAUGCUGAUGCAUGGGUUCGAAUCCCUUGCCCAUGCUGUGACAGCGAAUGUCGCAAAAUAAUUAAUUAAUUAAUAUAUGUGUAAGCGCUCUCUAAUUGCUUUUAAUAGUUUAGAUUCCAAGAUACUGCGCUUUCUCUUAUAUUUCUUAUUAUUAAUACUAGGUAGUUUGAUAUUGAGAGGGAUGGGGUUUCAGCUUGAUCUAUUUCAAGAGGUUUUUGUGAUGAAAAAAAUUAAGCAUAGAAAUGUGAUUAGGCUAUUAGAAGUUUUCGAAUCAAAGCGGCAUUUGAUGAUAGUCAUGGAAUACUCCGGUGGAGGAGAUCUAUUGCAAUUUGUCAAAUCAAAAGGAAGAUUAAGCGAAUCAGAAGCUAAAAAAAUUUUUAGUCAGGUAAUUGAUGCUGUAAAAGCUUGCCACUUAAAAAAUGUUAUUCAUAGAGAUGUAAAGCUAGACAAUAUAUUGUUAUCAGCUGACCUAACAUUGGUAAAACUAUGCGAUUUUGGUGUCAGCAGAAUUGCAAGAGAUGGAGAAAUGAUAAGUGAGCAGUGUGGGACGCCAGCAUAUUUGCCCCCAGAAAUUAUUGCUGACACUGAAUAUGAUCCAUUUUAUGUUGACCUCUGAAGUAUGGGAGUAUUGCUGUAUGCCAUGCUUUGUGGAACGGUACCUUUUAAAGCCAAAACUAUGCCUGAUUUACAAAAAUUAAUUCUAAGGUGCAAAUAUAGUAUACCUGUGCAUUUAUCAAAGGAAGCUCAGGAUUUGAUAGGCAAAAUGCUAAAUCCUAUACCUCACCUAAGAAUUUCUCUGGAAGAAAUGAAAGCUCAUGCCUGGUUUGGAACUCAAGAUCCUGAAGACUGAUAUGAAGAUACGUCAUUACCUAAAUUUACUGGAUCUUCUCUGCAGCCUCAACGGAUUGAUGAGAAUAGGAUAUAUACAAAAUUAUACUAACUCCCCCGCUUUAAUUCUUUGGAGACGGGGCGCCAGGAUUAUGAACAUUUCCCACCCUUUAAAUUGGAACAAAAUUUAUAACCCUCCGGGUAGCAAUUGCAGGCCCUUAUUCGCUGGAAGCAAUAAAUGCUUUAGGUUAGAGCGAUCUCUAUCGGAUGUCCUAUUAUUCGUUAUAAGCAAAGACUAAGUGGGAGGCAAAACCUGUCAGCUCACCGGAUGGACAGGAAAGCCUUCGGUGGAAAAAUAAAACACCCAUUUUGGCAGACUUCCCAUUGAGAUAAUCUUUUGGAUUUCAGACCUGCUAGAUACCCCGAUGGUCCUAUGAGAGAAGACUAAGUAGUAGGCAAAGCCUGCCUCCUAUCCUUAAAAGUCAUAAAUUUUAUUGCUCCUAAGGGGAGUAAGGGAUUUAUAUGAUACCAAGUGUAGCAAAUAGCUAGCACUUUUUAUAUAAUAAAUUAAUAUUUUUUUUAAUUUCUAAUUAUAAAGUUAUAUCAGCUUACUAUAUUGGAUUUCGGAUUUCCGCAAGAAUAUGUAAUUCAAAGCUUGAAAUUUAAUGACAUCAACCAUGCUACAGCUUCAUAUCAAAUCCUUGAGCUUAAUCAAAUGUAA